AUGCCUGGUAGAUACGCAGAGCUGGAUCAGUAUUGUUGGGCUGAUGAAUUUUCCCAACAACACGGUGGGGACCCGAAUGCUUUGGCUUUAUCCUUUGAGCGACAAAAUGGUACUGUGGGUUGGGCUUUUAAAUUCCAGCAUGAGCAAAUGCAGAUGAUGUCUGUGGACCGAAUGGCAGGUGCAAACAUUCCAUCUUUGGCUGCUAUGGAGCAGACCCGAAUGCUAGCACACACUUUAGCUCAGAACACCAAUCCAAAGUUUCAGAACUGCAAGUUCCUUCAGUUUGUUUCAAAGACAAGUCAUGGGGAAUUAACUAUUAAGGAUAACCAGGUCAGGCCUGCAGGUGGGGACUGGGAAAAUGAAUACCAACAGUAUCCAAUGACUAAUAAUCAAUGCGUACGAAUGUGUUGGACAAAAGGAUUUUCAUUUUCAACUAGUGCUUAUGUGCCAGGGCAGCCUUCCGGGUCUGGUGGUAUGUUUUGUGCUGAUUAA